CGUGCAGGCAUCGCAUAGCCCGCCAACCGAUCAUCGCCAGCACCAUUAUCAAUCAAUGAACGGCAGUCCUGACAACGACAGGAGCACAGGUGGACAAGGAGGGCUCAGCGUGGCCAAGCAGCCCUUCGAGGAGUGGCAGUGGAAGGCCAUCGAGGCGGGCGACUGGCAGCUGCUCGAGAAAUUCGAACCCGAGAGCACCUCAUAUGACCAGGUAUGACCGUACCAACACAAGCAAAGCAUGACAGACAGGUGUGUGGGCUCGUUCAUGUGUGUGUGUGUGUGUUGUUUUAGACGAGCGAGAGCUAUGGGACGCCUCUGAUCAGCAUAUUGGACAAGUAUGUGUUCAAGGCGACGCAUCACGAGAAGGAGAAGUUCGUCGAGUGCAUCCGGUGGCUUAUCAGAAAGGGAGGUAACCAACCAACAAACCAAUGCAUUCACACGCACACGCACAGGCAGUGCCAGUGAGUGCCAACGUGUGUGUGUGUGCUACGCCUGCCUGCAGCGAGUCCGUUGACCAAGGCGCCCGACAGCUGUUCGAUGCAGAUAUCUUACCAGAAGCGGGACGACUCUGAGGACAAAACCAAACGGGUUUACGUCUCCAAAAAGAACGCCAUACAGGUCAGCACGCGUCAGCCACUGACGGGCGCGCGCCAUGCAUUCGUUCGUUCGUUUGGAUGCAUGUGUGCUUUGUGUGUGACAGGUCGGUUACGAGGUCCGCGAUUCCCUGCCGGCCACCCCUUCGUGGCAAGAGGUACGUGUGUAGGCAGCAGGCACGGACAGUCAUUUUGGGCCACUGACGCGCUGUGCGUUGGUCUGUCAGGAGCGGAUGCGUGUCAAGCAGGUCAUCCAGAUCUUCGCUGAGAACUCUCAAGUGGUCAGCACACACACACACACACAGAGAGAGAGAGAGAGAGGCGUCGCUCACCGAUGCAGUCAGUCACUGUAUAUCCGCCUGUCUGUCUGUGUGUUCGUUCAGUCGCACUGGGAGAGGAUUGAAGUUGACGAGAAGGUACAUCCAUCCACGCACUGCACACAUUAGUACAUUAGCCAACACGUGCGGCACGGCAUGCACCUGUCCCUUCCCCUGUGCUCCUGGGGAACCCCGUUUGUUCGUCAGGUGGUUAAUUUUUGGGAGAAGGUAUUUCAUGACAAGAGCACCGCUGACGUGGAGGUGAAGCUUAAGGGCGGUGUCACCGUCCAGUGCCACUCGUGCAUUCUGCGGGUCUGCUCCGACGUGGUCAGCCAGACACACACACAGAACAACCAACAUGACUGACGGCAGCCAGUCCAUCCAUCCAUCCAUCCGUUGGCCACUUGUCUGUCUCUGUGUGUUGCUGUUGGCUGGGUGGGUGGGUGUAGUUCAACGCCAUGUUCACUCACGAGAUGCUGGAGAAGGAAACCAAAAAGAUAGAGGUCAGUCACAGUCAACGCACCCGCCCCUCCAUCCAUGCAUCCAUCCAUGCAUCCUUCAUUUUACGUCCCGCAGGCUCCCACAGUGGAUGCGGUUGAGUUCGAGCAGUUCCUCUCGCUGCUGUACACCGGUACGACUGUGGGUGGGUACUGGACACAUUUACUGCACUGACGACUGACUCAUCUCUCUCCUAUCACCAGGUUGCUGGAGCGGCAAGGGCGACGAGGACACGGCGGGCAGUGCCAACAUCAGCAGCACAUCGCCAGGCGGCAUCAGGAGCGGACCCGCAGCAGCUGCGGCAGCAGCCGCAGCAGCAGCCGCCCCGCCGCCCAAUCAGUCCACCACCACCACUGUGUCGUCCAACAACAACCCCGCCCCGAUGGCCCCCAGCCCCAACACACAGCACAGUGCCGGCAGCCCGUUUGCUGCCGGGAGUGGGGUCAGUGGCGGCGGCGGUGGGGGCGGGACGCCAUCGGUGGACCAGUUGCUGUCGCUGUUCACGCUGGUAGAUACGUACCAAGUGACACAUAUGCAGGUGAGAGGGGGAGGAAGGGACGGUGGUGGGAGGGUGAGAGAGUGUGGCCAUGCAUCGCAUCCAUCUCCUGUCUGUCUGUCUGUCUGUCUGUCUGUUGGUGGCUGUCGUGUUGUGUGUGCAAUGCAGUCGAUGUUGCAGGCGCGCAUUAAGGACCGGCUAACGCCAAAUACCUUCGAGAAGAUCAUGAAGUUCGCUCUCAAGUGAGACACACAGACAUGACAGACACCCAACGGCCACUCAGCGUACGACCUUGAGCACAUCCGUGUUUUGUCUUGUCACUUCAGGUCUCACUGUCCGCCUCUGCGCGUCGCCUGUGGCACCUACGCGCAAUCGAGCGAAGAGAUCAAGGUCAGCACCCUCCCUCAUCCAAACACACACACCGGCCGCUCCGCUCGCUUAGCAUCAGUCAUUUCCUCUGUCCGUCUGUGUGGCUGGCUGUGUGUGUGGGUGUGUUAAAUUAAAACAGCAAAACUACUUUGCUGAUCGUUAUUGCGAGGAGGUGCAGGAGGAGCUGCAUUUGGUCUUCAGGAACCCCGCCAGCUCAGGACACCCGGCCAAGAAGCGCAAGAGGAACGCAUUCUGAUCCAUCCGACACACACGGUGCGAUGACGCGGACCCUUCCAUGCACACACACACAUACACAUACAUGAGGGGGGUCGACAGUGGUACACACACAAACAUCCACACACACUCCUCUCGUGAGUGUAUGUGCACGGUUCUUCGCCUCAGUAAUGGGUGGUUAAUGCAUGGUCGUCGAUAUGGAGCGGCUUGGCUGCAUCACACUCCCACCGCACACAGACGCACACGGACAGUCGCUCGCUUUGUCGGCUGUGUGGACACAUCCUAUGCUGUCGUCUCUUCUUUUUUCGGUUUGGGGCUAGCUGGGACGAUGGGCGGUCCGGUAGAUCGAUGGGGUGCGUGGCAGUGGAGUGCAUUUGUUUGUACGGUUGACAUGCCAUUGGAUGGCUGACACGCAGAGCUUUCUGCUGUGCCCUGCGUGUAGUGCUCGACUGACGGGACAGAGAAUGGACGAGUGAAUGAAUGAACGAAAUGGCCACUUG